CCAGGCUGCUUCAGUAUAGCAGCUUCCCAGACGUGUCCUUUUCUCUCUCCCUGCCUGCUGUUUCUACUAUUGCUGCUGCUGACAGAAACGUGUUAGGAAAGCAGAAAAAGAAAAUGCCAGCCAUCCUGGUAGCCUCCAAAAUGAAAUCGGGACUACCUAAACCCAUACACAGCGCUGCUCCAAUCCUGCAUGUCCCAACCGCAAGGACCAUCCCACAGCCCUGUUACCUGAAGUUUGGGAACAAGGUGGAGGUGACCAAGCCAUCGUAUUUCAGCCAGAUUCCUCUCAAAUCUCCUAAUGGACAAGAAAAUGUAGGAGAUGGACUCCCACCAAGGAAGAGUAGCUCGGUAGAAAAUGGAUUUGACACACAGAUUUAUACCGACUGGGCUAAUCACUACCUAGCAAAAUCUGGCCACAAGAGGUUGAUAAAGGAUCUGCAGCAAGAUGUGACUGAUGGCGUUUUACUAGCUGAAAUAAUCCAGGUUGUAGCAAAUGAAAAGAUUGAAGACAUCAAUGGCUGCCCAAAAAAUAGAUCUCAAAUGAUUGAAAACAUAGAUGCGUGCCUGAGUUUCUUGGCUGCUAAAGGAAUUAACAUACAGGGGCUGUCAGCAGAAGAAAUCAGGAAUGGGAAUCUAAAGGCCAUCUUGGGCCUUUUCUUCAGUUUGUCUCGAUACAAGCAACAGCAGCAGCAGCCACAGAAACAGCAACCGCAGCACCAUCCAUCCCAGCAGCCUCCCACAGUAUCCCAGCAAGCAGGGCCUCCAGCUCAGUGCCAGGUCGGGCUACAGCAGCAGCAGGUGCCAGCUUCACUCCCAGCACAGUGCCAACAGCCCCAGCAAGCUGCACAGCAUCAGUUAAAAGCACAACCAGAAAUGCAGUCAAGUGCAUCUCCCAGGGACUCAUCUCAAAGCAAAAUCAUCCGAUUCACUCUUGGUCAGAAAAGGUCUUCUAGACUUCCAGGCCCUACCACGAGGGUGUCCGCUGCAGGCAGUGAGGCCAAAACUCGUGGUUCUAUUAGUGCCAACAAUCGACGCAGCCAGAGCUUUAACAAUUAUGACAAAUCUAAGCCUGGAAUUUCCCCUUCUACACCAACAAGUAGCAACGAGAAAGAGUCUGCAGACAGUACAGCCUCCCAGCCCACAGGAAUGAAUGAAAAUGUAUCAUCUUCAGUUCAAAGCUGCAGCAGUACUCUUGGUUGCAAUAACUCGUCAGCCAUCCCUCAGCCCAGCUCUGCUAUUAAACCUUGGCGCAGUAAAUCCCUUAGUGCUAAGCACACAGCUACGUCUUCCAUGUUAUCUGUAAAGCAGCCAGUAUCAGAGCCUCCAAAGGCACCUUCAGAAAUGGUCAAAACAGCUCCCAAUGGUCAAAAAUCCAUGCUUGAAAAAUUAAAACUCUUCAAUAGCAAAGGUGGCUCCAAAGCAGGAGGGACAACGCUUGAGUGUUCAGGGUCUCGGGAGAAUAGUUGUGAAAAGCUAGAGACACUUCCGAGCUUUGAGGAAAGCGAAGAAAUUGAUGCCACAAAUCAGAAUGUGAACAAUACAGGAUCCAUGUCCAGCAGUCCCAAAAUUGCACUGAAGGGAAUUGCACAAAGAACUUUUAGCCGGGCACUGACUAAUAAGAAAAGUUCUCCAAAGGGUAAUGAGAAGGAUAAAGAGAAACAGAAAGAGAAAGAAAAGGAUAAAAGCAAAGACAUUGCAAAAAGAACAUCCAUCACUGAAAAGCUGGACAUAAAAGAGGAGCCAAAAGAAGAACAGACAGCACUAGCAACAACAGAGAUGCCAAAAAAGUCUUCAAAGAUUGCAAGCUUUAUCCCAAAAGGAGGAAAGCUGAAUAGUGCCAAGAAGGAGGCCUCUGCCCCUUCGCACAGUGGAAUACCAAAACCAGGAAUGAAAAACACCACAGGGAAAUCCUCAAGUGCCCCAGUUUCUGUGAAAGAAAGUGAGAGAAGCCGCAGUGGGAAACCUGGCUCAGGGCUCUCUCAUCAGAAGGCUCAACUAGACAGCAGGAAUUCCAGUUCCUCUUCAAGUAUAGCCUCUUCAGAAGGAAAAGGAAUGGGAGGUCUCAACAGUAGCAACAGCAGCCAAGCUGUCAAUGGAUCAGCAACUACGACACAAACUACAGGAAGCAAUACUGUGAGUGUUCAGCUACCUCAUCCUCAACAGCAAUAUAAUCACCCGAACACUGCCACAGUAGCUCCAUUUAUGUACAGAUCACAGACAGACAACGAAGGGAAUGUAACAGCUGAGGCCAGCACAGGAGGGGUCAGCAUGGAUUCCGCGCUUUACGUCAAAACUGGACAGCCUGGGCUUGAAGACCUCUCAGGAGAGGAUCCAGAAACUCGGCGAUUACGAACUGUGAAGAACAUUGCUGAUCUUCGGCAGAACUUAGAGGAGACCAUGUCCAGUUUACGGGGAACCCAGGUCUCUCACAGCACACUGGAAACUACAUUUGACACCAACGUCACUACCGAAAUAAGCGGUCGCAGCAUUCUCAGCUUGACGGGAAGACCAACACCUUUAUCAUGGAGACUGGGACAGUCCAGCCCCCGCCUUCAGGCAGGUGAUGCUCCAUCUAUGGGAAACGGAUAUCCCCCAAGAGGGAAUGCCAGCCGCUUCAUUAAUGCCGAAUCGGGACGUUAUAUGUAUUCAGCACCUUUGCGGAGACAGCUAGCAUCCCGCAGUAGUAAUGUCUGCCAUGUGGAGAUCUCUGACAAGGGAAGUGAUGAAAUAGAUCUGGAAGGUAUCACCAUGGAUGCCACCGGCUACAUGAGUGAUGGAGAUGUGCUGGGCAAGAAUAUCAGAACUGAUGAUAUCACGAGUGGGUAUAUGACUGACGGUGGUCUGGGCCUUUACACUCGAAGAUUAAAUCGGCUGCCUGAUGGGAUGGCUGCAGUACGGGAGACAAUGCAACGUAAUGCUUCACUGGGACUGGGAGAUGCUGAUAGCUGGGAUGACAGCAGCUCUGUCAGCAGUGGGAUCAGUGACACCAUAGAUAAUCUCAGUACUGAUGACAUUAACACUAGCUCCUCUAUCAGCUCUUAUGCCAACACACCUGCCUCCUCCCGCAAAAACUUAGAUGCACAGACUGAUGCAGAAAAACAUUCUCAGGUUGAGCGGAAUUCCUUAUGGUCUGGUGAUGAAGUCAAGAAAUCAGACGGAGGAUCAGAUAGUGGCAUAAAAAUGGAGUCAGGAUCUAAAUGGAGGCGGAAUCCCUCUGAUGUGUCUGAUGAAUCUGAUAAAAGCACUUCUGGUAGGAAGAACACUGUUAUUUCACAGACGGGUUCCUGGCGACGGGGCAUGUCAGCUCAGGUUGGCAUUACCACACCAAGGACUAAACCUUCAACCACCUCAGGCACAUUAAAGACACCUGGAACAGGGAAAACUGAUGACGCCAAGGUAUCAGAAAAGGGUAGACUAUCUCCUAAAGCUGGACAUGUUAAACGUUCCCCAUCAGAUGCAGGACGCAGCAGUGGUGAUGAAUCCAAAAAGCUUCCCACAAGUAACUCUAGAACAACUGCUGCUAAUGCUAAUACAUUUGGAUUUAAGAAACAAAGUGGGUCAGCUGUAGGCAUGACUAUAAUUACUGCCAGUGGGGCAACUAUCACCAGUAGAUCAGCUACCCUGGGAAAAAUCCCAAAGUCAUCUGGACUCAUGGGUAGGACCACUGGUCGGAAGACUAGUGUUGAUGGCUCUCAGAACCAGGAUGAUGGCUACUUAGCGCUUAGUGCCCGAACUAAUCUUCAGUAUCGUAGUUUACCCCGGCCCAGUAAAUCCAGUAGCAGAAGUGGAGCUGGGAAUAGAUCUAGUACAAGUAGCAUAGACUCUAACAUAAGCAGCAAGUCAGCUGGGUUGCCUGUCCCUAAAAUGAGAGAGCCGACCAAGGUAAUUCUUGGAAACUCUCUGCCAGGAUUAGUCAAUCAGACUGAUAAAGAGAAAGGGAUUUCGUCUGACAACGAAAGCGUGGCCUCAUGUAAUUCUGUUAAAGUGAACCCUGCAUCACAGACUGCUUCUAGUGGAGCUCAAAGUACUCACCAACAAGGAGCCAAGUACCCUGAUGUGGCCUCUCCCACUUUGCGCAGACUUUUUGGUGGAAAGCCUAGUAAACAAGUUCCCAUCACAACAGCAGAAAAUAUGAAAAAUUCUGUUGUCAUCUCCAAUCCUCAUGCUACUAUGAACCAACAGGGUAAUCUAGAUUCGCCAUCUGGCAGUGGUGUGCUGAGCAGUGGGGGCAGCAGUCCUCUAUUUAGUAAAAAUGCAGACAUGAACCAAUCUCCACUAGCUUCUAGUCCCAGUUCAGCACAUUCAGCUCCUUCCAACAGUUUAACAUGGGGUACCAACGCAAGUAGCUCUUCAGCUGUUAGCAAGGAUGGCAUUGGAUAUCAGUCUGUCAGCAGUCUUCAUACCAGCUGUGAAUCCAUUGAUAUCUCUCUGAGCAGUGGAGGUGGGCUGAGCCAUAACUCCUCCAGUGGCUUGAUUCCAGCCUCCAAAGAUGAUUCCUUGACUCCCUUUGUCCGAACCAACAGUGUUAAGACUACAUUAUCUGAAAGCCCUCUAUCUUCCCCUGCUGCUAGUCCCAAAUUCUGCAGAAAUACUUUGCCCAGGAGACAGGACAGCGACCCACAUCUUGAUAGGAACACUUUGCCUAAGAAGGGACUAAGGUAUACUCCUUCAUCCCAACUUCGUAAUCAAGAAGAUGCAAAAGAAUGGCUACGGUCACAUUCAGCAGGAGGCCUCCAGGAUACUGCUAGCAAUUCUCCAUUUUCGUCUGGAUCCAGCGUAACAUCACCCUCUGGAACUAGAUUUAACUUCUCCCAGCUUGCAAGCCCAACCACUGCCACCCAGAUGAGCCUGUCAAACCCAACCAUGCUGCGGACUCACAGCCUUUCCAAUGCAGAUGGUCCGUAUGACCCCUACAGUGACACACGCUUCAGGAACAGCUCAAUGUCCCUGGAUGAGAAAAGCAGGACAAUGAGCCGCUCUGGCUCAUUCCGUGAUGGCUUUGAAGAAGUGCAUGGUUCUUCUCUCUCUUUGGUGUCCAGCACAUCUUCUAUUUAUUCAACACCUGAAGAGAAGUGCCAGUCAGAGAUUCGCAAGCUACGAAGAGAGUUGGAUGCAUCCCAAGAAAAAGUGUCAGCUCUGACAACUCAGUUGACUGCCAAUGCUCACCUUGUGGCAGCAUUUGAGCAGAGUCUGGGAAACAUGACCAUCAGACUGCAGAGCCUGACAAUGACAGCUGAACAAAAGGAUUCAGAACUGAAUGAGUUAAGGAAGACUAUUGAACUACUGAAGAAGCAAAAUGCUGCUGCCCAGGCUGCCAUUAACGGAGUCAUUAACACACCUGAGCUCAACUGCAAAGGUACUGGAGCUGCUCAGCCCACAGACCUGCGGAUCCGAAGGCAGCACUCUUCAGACAGUGUCUCUAGUAUUAACAGUGCUACCAGUCACUCCAGUGUGGGAAGCAACAUAGAAAGUGAUUCAAAGAAAAAGAAGAGGAAGAACUGGGUCAAUGAGUUACGCAGCUCCUUCAAACAAGCUUUUGGUAAAAAGAAAUCUCCCAAGUCAGCAUCCUCUCAUUCAGAUAUUGAGGAGAUGACCGAUUCUUCGUUACCUUCAUCACCAAAGCUACCACACCACCACAACUCAACUGUUUCAACACCAUUGCUGAGAGCUUCUCAUUCCAAUUCUCUUAUUUCUGAAUGCACUGACAGUGAAGCUGAAACAGUCAUGCAGCUACGCAAUGAACUAAGAGACAAAGAGAUGAAGUUGACUGAUAUUCGUCUGGAAGCCCUCAGCUCUGCUCAUCAGCUUGACCAGCUUCGGGAGGCGAUGAACAGAAUGCAGAGUGAGAUUGAAAAAUUAAAAGCAGAAAAUGAUCGUCUGAAAUCUGAAAACCAUGGCAGCUGCAGCAGGGCUCAGUCUCAGGUUUCCAUUUCAUCCUCCCCAAGACAUUCAGCGGGUCUCUCUCAACACAGUUUGAACCUCACGGAGUCGACCAGUCUCGACAUGCUGUUAGAUGACCCUGGCGAUGGCUCUGCUCGGAAAGAAGGAGGCAGGCAUGUUAAAAUAGUUGUCAACUUUCAGGAUGAAAUGAAAUGGAAGGAGGAUUCCAGGCCCCGCACUUUCCUCAUUGGCUGCAUCGGAGUCAGUGGCAAGACCAAAUGGGAUGUUCUAGAUGGCGUUGUUAGACGACUGUUCAAGGAGUAUAUCAUUCAUGUGGAUCCAGUGAGUCAGCUGGGACUGAAUUCAGACAGUGUUCUGGGCUAUAGCAUUGGAGAAAUCAAACGCACAAAUAGUGCAGAGACACCUGAGCUUCUGCCCUGUGGCUACCUAGUUGGAGAAAACAACACCAUUUCAGUUACUAUCAAAGGUAUCUGUGAGAACAGUUUGGACUGCCUGGUGUUUGAAUCGCUGAUCCCAAAGCCUAUACUGCAGCGCUAUGUCUCUCUUCUGGUGGAACAUAGACGGAUUAUCUUGUCUGGCCCUAGUGGCACUGGUAAAACAUACCUGGCAAAUCGUCUCUCUGAGUAUAUGGUCCUUAGAGAGGGCAGGGAGUUGGCUGAUGGAAUUAUUGCGACCUUCAAUGUGGACCAUAAAUCUAGUAAGGAACUCCGCCAAUAUCUGUCGAACCUAGCAGACCAGUGUAAUAGUGAAAAUAAUGCUGUGGAUAUGCCUCUUGUAAUCAUUUUGGAUAAUUUGCAUCAUGUUAGCUCCCUGGGGGAGAUCUUUAAUGGGCUUCUAAACUGCAAGUACCACAAAUGUCCAUAUAUUAUUGGCACAAUGAACCAAGCCACCUCCUCAACACCUAAUCUUCAACUUCACCAUAAUUUCAGAUGGGUGCUAUGUGCUAACCACACUGAGCCAGUCAAGGGCUUUCUUGGUCGUUUCCUGAGAAGAAAACUAAUUGAAACAGAAAUCAGCGGCAGGAUGAGAAAUGCAGAGCUGGUUAAAAUCAUUGAUUGGAUUCCCAAGGUCUGGCAACAUCUGAACAAGUUCUUGGAGGCUCACAGCUCCUCUGAUGUUACUAUUGGUCCACGACUCUUCCUCUCUUGUCCAAUAGAUGUAGAUGGUUCUAGAGUUUGGUUUACCGACUUGUGGAACUACUCCAUCAUCCCAUAUCUCCUAGAGGCAGUUAGAGAAGGGCUACAGCUGUAUGGGAGGAGAGCUCCCUGGGAGGAUCCUGCCAAAUGGGUAAUGGACACUUAUCCCUGGGCAGCCACCCCACAGCACCACGAGUGGCCUCCUCUACUACAGCUGCGUCCUGAAGAUGUGGGGUUUGAUGGCUACUCAAUGUCAAGGGAAGGCUCAACUAGCAAACAAGUUCCAGUGAGUGAUGCUGAUGGAGAUCCUUUGAUGAACAUGCUAAUGAGACUGCAAGAAGCAGCCAACUACUCAAGUCCCCAGAGUUACGACAGUGACUCUAACAGCAACAGCCAUCAUGAUGACAUCCUUGAUUCAUCUCUGGAGUCAACAUUGUGAUCUUCAUCAGAUAGAAAUAAGUUGUUUCCAUUAUUGCUGUCCCACUUUGCAAGAAUCAUGAUGACAGACUCAUGAAAAGAACAUGUUCCUGGGCUGGGCUGGGCUGGUAUCUCAGUAUUAGAGCUGCAAGAACAAGACGUUUUUGAGUCAGUCUUGAACCUGGGUGCUGGCAACCCAAACAACCUUUGUAUUGUUUUUCUUUUUACAAUAAGAACUGCACUAUUCCUUUGUUUUUUUUGUUUUUUUUGUUUUUUUCCUGUUUAGUUGCUGUAAGCUCUCAUUCCUAAGAUACUGAAGACAGUAAAAAUAAUCAUCAUUUUAAAAGAAAAAAGUGAAAGGAGGGGGGAACUCCACAGCUAUGAAGCAAACAGCUUUGUGCCAUGUACUGUUCAGAGAGGGAGAGAAAAUUUUUGCCUAUGCUGCUUCUGACCAAACACAUUUAGGUGAGGGCUGGACUUUUACCAAUCAGCUUUGCAGAUUAAAUUCAGCUUUGUAUAGUUCUGGUGCUAUAACAAUAUUACUUGCCUUGGUAAUAAUCCAUGAAAGGCAAAGCUGCAAAACAGGGAAGUUUGAAAAAAUAAAAAAGGAGGGGAAAAGAAGAAGUGCUGCUCUCCUUGCCAGUCUGAGACCUUGGCUUUCUUUCAUUGUGUGUUUAUGAAGAUAUACUAUAUAUAAAUAGGAAUAUAUAUAAAUAUAUAUACAGUCUGAACAAAUCAGGUUUUUUCAAACACUGUGUAACAAACGAUCCUACUAAAUGUUAAAGAUCAGGUAGCCCUUUGCUAUUCUGGGCCUGAUUCUCCUCCCACUCACAUCCAUGUAACUCAGUUGACUUCAGUGGGGGUGUACGUGGUUUGCAGUGAGGAGAGUGACUGCGAGGCCUCCGCAGGAGGCGGUGGAAGGGCUGUGCCCCUGCAGUCCCGCAGCUGGGACGGAGCUGAGGAGCGUGCAGGCACGGUCGGCCCCGCGCACGGAGGGCAACGACACCCCUGAAGGGAUUGAUUAGACUUUCCGUUUUUAAUUCUUGCCAUGAAAUGUUACAGCUGGUUUCUGAAAGCUGUUUUUUCUUUCUUUUUUCUUUUUUUUUUUUUUUUUUUGAGGGUCAGAGUUUUUGUUCUGAUCAGCACAACCAUACAUGGGUUAAUUAAAACUCAGCUCUGUGACAGUUCCAGUGCUACUCUGGCGACAGCAUUACAGCAUUUACUUCCAUGACACUUUUUCUUAACUGCAGAAAAUAGUGUAUUAGUAGUAUCUAGGUCUGGAAAAAAGGAGGGAAGGUACUGACUGGUCUGUAAAGUCUUGGCUGGGCCAUGCGCCUGAGUUUUGGCAGAGCUGUGAACCUGCUUUUAUUUCUCCUCCUCUCUGAAUGCACACACCUACACUAUCAGUGUUAAGGCUUGUACUUCUGUUGGGGAACAAGAACACCUCGCAGUGAAUUGCACUUUCCUUUUUUAUGGAAGCAAAUGCUUACAACACCAUCACCACAAAGUCAGCUGUCUCAGGCUGUACCUCAACAAGAAUUUCAGUCCUCAAUAUUGAUUUGUACUUGCCUUUCCAGCUAUCUUUUGGUGCUGAAUUUUGAAGCGAUGCCUUAUUUUAUACUAAUUGUGUUGAUUAAAUUAGUGCUGUAUAUUAUGGGAUUUUAUUUAAGUAAACAAACAGGGCUAAAGUCAUCUCUUGGAAUAUCAUAAGUUGCUGUGAAUAUUGUUUAUAUGAGAUAUUAGAAUUUGUUUAAAUGUGACAAAAAAGGAGGGAAAUGAGAAAACUUUUCAGGUUCAUAUCAAUCCACAGCCAAUAGAUCACUGAAGAGCUGUUUUAUCCAUGCAGGGGGAAAAAAAAGCUUUUCAACAAUAAUAAAUGCCAUCAUUAAUAAAUUGCAGGAAUAUGCUGGGUUUUUUUUCAAUGUACAGAAAGAAAACUUAUUACAAACACUUUUUUAAGAGCUUGUUAAUCCUUAUGGGUUUAAAGUAAUGUAACAGACAAGUUCAUGCUUCUGUGACUCAGUGAGAGGAUAGUUUUAUUAUACCUCAUGACUUUCUGUGACAUGACUGUACUUAUUUUGUCUUAUUGAGCUGGUCUUGAAUCUGCUCCUGUUACAACUUUUAAGUGCUGAUGACUUUUUUUUUAAGAAAAAUAUUGUAAAAGAAAAAUUAAAAUAUUUUAAUGAUGGGGGAGGGGGAAAGAGCUUGGCGUAGUUACUGUUUUAAGCUUAUGAAUUCUGUUUGCUUAUUUCAUUGAAUGAAAUACCAAGGCUUUCUUGGCCAAUGAUCCUAGUCCAGUUCUUGGUACUGUAAAGAUGGGACUAAUCUGUACGGAAUCAAAAUACACAGCAUGCUGAUGAUGAUUUGAAGAGAGGUUAAUUUUUUUCAGCAGUCUUGACAACUCUGCUUCCCAGCACUGACUUUACCUGCCACUACUGUGAAUCUGGGUUACCUAAUCCUCCAACUGAAUCCAUGCAGAUAGAGCAUGUGCCUGUAAAAAACUCCAGCUGCAGGGCUAGGGCUUUAAAUGUACUUAAUAUCCUAGAAAAUUUCUCAGCUAACCUUUAACGGAGUCCUAUAAGACCUAUCUAAAAUGGUGUUUUAUUUGUGAGGAAUGGUUUGUUUUGUUUUGUUUGUUUUUCUCAUUUUUAAUCUUGUGCUUAAGAUCAGGAAAAAAGAUUCUAUUGCGCUAUUACUUUUUUAUUGACACUAGUUUGGAUUACAGUAGGAGGCAAUUUUGAGUAGGCUAGUCAUUUUAAGCAUCACAAUAUUCAGUGUCUUUUCUGAAACUUCGGGAAGCAGGGUUACCUGUUGUGCACAUUUCUUACUUUUUUUUUUUUUAAUUGGGACUUUUCGUAACUUCAGUCUUUCUUUAAGUGGCUUUGCUCUCCUUUAAGGCUUUUUUCAGAAUGCUUCCAUUUUUUUUUGCCUUUUUUUCUUACAAAGUUGGCUUGUUUAAAAAAGAAAAGCAAGAAAAAAAUGCAAGAUUCUAUGCAACAUUCAUGUUGAGUAAUAAAUUGAAAGUAUGAACAGUUUUCUUUCAGUCAGAACUGCCAAGAAUUAUACAGGCCAUAAAUGAGAUGUGGUUUAUUUGGGGAAGGGGAAAGGGAAAGGGAAGGGAGGGGGUUGGUUAGCCUUUUUGUACAUUUUGGAAAAAAGCAAGCUGAUAUUUCAUUGUUGAUGCUUAACUUCGAUAUUAUGUGUAUUAAAUCUUGUCUAAAUGUGGCAGUUUUCUUUCAAGAAAAAUACAAAAACAAAACAAAAAAAUCUUUCUUUGUGGAUAUUAAAUGGAAGGUUGCUGUUUUGAUCUAGUCGUUUCCAGUGGAACAGUUUAUGAAAUAUGUUCUAUAAGAUGUACAUUUUUUCAUUGUAACAUAGAAAUGUAAAUAUUUGAUUAAAAGUGCUGCAUUUUGAUGAAUUUUUUCUAGGCAUUUUUAAAGAGAAAAACUAGGAAUUGAGUAUUUUGUGUACGUUUAUGAUGUUUUCCAUUUGCUCCUCUCCCUAUUUAAUUUUCAGUUCUCAUUUAGGAUUGGAAUUUGUGAAUGGUCUGUUUGAGAUCAUGCUCUCCUUUCUCCCCCUCCCUGUUUCUUCCCCUUCCUCACCCCUGUGUCAUGGAGAAUAAAGCUGAUGAUUGUACCAGUCUUAAAUUAUUCACGAUUCAAUAAAAUUGAUGCUUAUUUAUUCAGA